CUCCCAGGGAAGGUAGCGCAAGAGCAAGCCAUCGCCAUUUCCAAGCGCCCACUUUCAAAAUGGCAGCCGGGAGGAAGUUUGCGAUUAGGACAGCGCGAGGUUCUCAGUUAAACGCGCUAGCGCAAUUUCCGGUCCGGUUGCAAGAUGGCCGCGCCCAGAGGUGGAUUCCAACCUCGCGAGCGGAGCGGUGGGGAGCAGGAACAGGACUGGGAUGCUGCGGCGCCCAAGAGGCCCCGACUCGGGGCAGGAAGCAAGAUCGGAGGCCGUAGGCUCAUUGUGGUGCUGGAAGGGGCCAGUCUGGAAACAGUCAAGGUAGGGAAGACGUAUGAGCUACUGAACUGUGACAAGCACAAGUCUAUGUUGUUGAAGAAUGGACGGGACCCUGGGGAAGUGAGGCCAGACAUAGCCCACCAGAGUUUACUGAUGCUGAUGGACAGUCCCCUGAACCGAGCUGGCUUGCUCCAGGUUUACAUCCACACACAGAAGAAUGUUCUGAUUGAAGUGAACCCCCAGACUCGGAUUCCCAGAACCUUUGACCGCUUUUGUGGCCUCAUGGUUCAGCUUUUACACAAACUCAGUGUUCGAGCAGCUGAUGGGCCCCAGAAGCUCUUGAAGGUAAUUAAGAAUCCAGUGUCAGAUCACUUCCCAGUUGGAUGUAUGAAAAUUGGCACUUCCUUCUCCAUCCCAGUCAUCAGCGAUGUGCGAGAGCUGGUGCCCAGCAGUGAUCCUAUUGUUUUCGUGGUGGGGGCCUUUGCCCAUGGCAAGGUCAGUGUGGAGUAUACAGAAAAGAUGGUGUCCAUCAGCAACUACCCGCUUUCUGCUGCCCUUACCUGUGCAAAACUGACCACAGCCUUUGAAGAAGUGUGGGGGGUCAUUUGACAGCGGGAGAACCCUAUUCUGAAACCAAAGACCGUUGACAUGGCGUCCCUUGGCCCUAUUCUGAGCUGACCGCUGGAAGAUGAGCUUCCUGAACUGAGACUGGAGGCUGGGGAAGCCAAGGCUGUCCAUUUGCUGUUUGUGUCCCUAUAAAUACCAUUCUU